GUGUGUCAACCACGGCGUGUGGGGCAGGAUGCUUCCAUUGCCUUGCACUGAGAGUGAUGGGCUUCAAGGCUUUAGUGGCGUUUAGUCAAUGGUGUUAUUACAUGUAUCAGAGAAGAUUAAGUAAAGGAAACGCCACACUGACCCCAGCACCAACGCCUCCAGCCUCCCUGUGUGUGUGUGUGUGUGUGUGGUGGCCGGGCCGGGCUGCCUCCCAUCACAGGUGUGCGUGAGUCACGGGACGCGGCGGCCACAGGUAAACACAACACACGCAACACACGGCGUGGACUGAGGGUUAAUAAAAGACUGAAGGUUGAUAAAAUACAUAUGAUAAUACAAAACGGGUGAAGGUUACUACAGAAUACAUACAAAUGAAGAUGCAAGGUUCAUGAGGCACCACCACCACCACCACCAUGGACGCCGCCCCGACAAGAGAGAAGGAGAAGGAAGACUCGCCUCCUCAAAAUUCAGAGUGUGAUGAGACAGAGCCAGACGGGGACAGUGUGUGGAGCAGCAGGUCGGUGAGUGCCAGCGACGGCGGCACAGACAACACCUCCUCUGUGGGCUCGCCUCUCCGUGACCUGCCAACCGUGCGGGCCAAGGAGGAGGGAGACAAUGAGAUCCACAAGCUCAUCCUGGCUGCUGAGGCUUUGGUGCUGGAGCGUGCCAGGCUCAAGAUAACAAGCAACCCCCUGCCCCGAGGCUCCAUGGAGACCCUCAUGAGUAACAGCACUGAUGUCGCCUCCAACACCUCAGUGGCAGGCAGGACGCAUGGUGCUGCCCUCCCCGAUAACAGGUGUGGUGCAUCAAACUCAGGGUACUUCACCGACACAGAGAACACCGGACAAGCGUCGUAUAUGUCCUCAUCACUGUCAGCGGAAAAGUCUAUGAACCUGGAUGUUUACGGUGAAAAAGACCAACAUUCCGUCCAGUCCAGGGAGAGUUUGUCGAGCACUGGAUGUGACUCCCUCAUCCUGUCCAAGGUGUCUGAUUCAUCUCUCAAAGGCCAUGGUCACCUCCAGCCUGAGAAUGUUGUGCCAGCCGAGAACACGCCAACCGGCAUCCCUAGACUGUCCCUGGAGCCGCUGAGAGACCUGGAGUGUGGAAGGGCGACGGGGGUGUCUGAGGAGAGGGUCGCCAUCAACAAAGUGGAGAAGGAAGCCUGCAACUCUAGCAUCCGAGGGUCGUCUGGAGGCACCGUUCGCCCCCAGAAGGAACCACAGAUCACAGUCUCAGGGGAAGAUCACUUUAAUGGGACACUUUUUGCAGGCAGGGCAGGCGGCCAGGCUGCCUCAGUGAUGGUGCAUGAGGAGGGCAGCUGCCUGCUGAACCUGGCCCUGAGUGCCACCAGCAGCCUCAAGAGGCUCACAAGGUUGAUGCGACAGGUGGGGGCACUGCAGCUUGGUCCAGACACCCCACGGGUGGGUGAGAGUGUGGUGCAGGAGCUGGAGCAGCACGAGGCACACCAGCAGGGCUUGGAGACCAGACUCACCGCUGCUGCCACUCGGCUGCAGACAGCUGUGGCUCAGGUGCGAGGGCUGGAGGGGCUGCAGCAGGAGCACCAGCGUGAAGCAUCAGUCAUGCACCGCAGCGCCUUGGCUCUGCUGGAGCAGGUGGAGGCCGGCCUGGAGUCCUGUAACUUGGGGCACAUGCUGGCCGUCACCUCCCCAAGAAGGCGGUGCCCUGCACGAGUGAUGGAGGACAUAGGGUCAGCAGUGGCCCUGCUGGUGGGGGAGCUGAGCAGGAAGACCCAGCGCAUCACCAGGGCCGAGGCAGAAACUGGCCACCUGAGGACGGAGCUGCAGGCUGUGCGGGAGGACCUGACACACCGAGACUCAAGGGCAAGGCUGAGUGAGGCAGACGCCUGGCAGGUGAGGCAGCAGAGUGAGGAGGACCUGACCUCCCUCAGGCAGUGCCUGGCCCAGGCAGAAAGCAACCUCUCGGAAGCACAAAUGGAAAAUGCCAGACUCAGUGAAGAGAACAAGAGGCAGACAAAUGACAGCACUGCUGCCCUCGCUGCCUUGCAGAAGAAGCUGUGUGCGGUGCAGCACAAGGCGGAGACAAGGGUGAGCGAGCUGGAGCGCGACCUUCAUCUGAGCACCAAGGAGAAGCAGCGUUUGGAGACCACCGUGGGGGAGGUGAAGGACCAGCUCACCCUCAGGACACAGCAGGUGCACGUGGUGGAGGAGGAGAACAGUCUGCUGAUAGAGAGCCUAAGGACAGCCCUGAAGCAGCAGCAGGCGGAGGUGGAGCAGCUGCGGCAAAAUCUGGAGACAACCAACACAGACAAGACUCAGCUGUCCCACUCCCUUACCGAGCUGAAGCAGGAGACAGCAGUUAAAGAGGAGGAGCUGCAAGAGGUGAGGGAGAAGGCUGCACUGCUGAAGAGGAGAGUCACAGAGCUGGAGGAGGAGCAAAGAGAGACCCAGAACACGCUGCAAGGCAAGGUUGACAGCCUCUCCUCGGAGCGGAGUGACCUUGAGACCAAAGUGAGGGCUCAGGAGCUGGCUAUGCUCCAGCUGCGCACAGAGCUGGAGAUGGAGAAGGUGCAGACCAGAGCACUCACAGAGGAGGCAGCUGCAGCGGGGAAGAAGGCCAAAGACCUACAGGAGCGUCUCUGGACACAGGCACGGCGGCUACGGAACAGCAGCGGCAGCAGCAUUGCCACUACUGAUCUAGGUCAUCGUGAGCAACAACAGCAGCUAGGAACAAGUGUCACCUCAGCAUACAGCAGCUGCACCAGUCUUUCUCACCCCCCUGCCACACCAAAGGUUGCUAACAUUGACAAGGACAGCCUGGCCAGGGAGGAGCGGCUUCAGUCCCUGCUGCGGGAGAAGGACGUGGAGAUGCGCAGCCUUCACCACAGCCUGUCCUCACAGAUCACCAACAAAAACCAAGAGCUGGAGAUGCUGACCAACAAGCUGACUGGCCUUGAGGAGCAGCUGUGCACACUGGUGAAGGGCCUGGAGGCAAGUGCAGCCAUCGGGGACAUCACCUCUGAGGUCGGCCAUCUGCUGCAGGAGAGGACGCAACACCUUGACACCCUGCAGCAGUCCUCCCACUGGCUACAGGAAGAACUGUCCUCCCUGGCGAUGGAAAACCAGACGCUGAGCACUGAGCUGAUGGCGUCCAGGAGGAGUGAGAAGGACCAUUUCGGGGAUGCCCAGCGGAGCGUGAGGCAGGCCAGGCAGGAGGCAAGGGAGGAGAGGGUGGCCAGCGCUCGUCUACGUGAGGAGUGUUCCAGCCUACAGGCCCAGCUAGACUUGGCACAAUACUCACUGCAGCAGGAGAGGCAGGAAAGGAGGAUGACUGCGAUGGUGAAUGGUGUGAAGCACCAAGAGUUCAGCAGCCUGUUGGAGAGUGCCUCGGCUGCCCUCAGCGACUACAAGCCUUGAGGCAGCACCCCAGCGCCGCACUCACCUCACACUGCCACGGAAUCAACUGCCCUGAAUCAAGUGCCACACCAAAAGCCACACCAAAAGCCACACUAAGCCAAGGAAAUCCUGUAAUCUCUUUGUAACAGAUUCGGUGUCAUACGUCUAUAUUUCACACCUCAGAGUUUUGUAUACCACCUAUUUUUGUACAGUUUUAUACCUUUUGGAAGCUCUUAUGAAAAAAGUGUAACUGCACACACACACACACACACACACACACACACACACAGUAGAUAUAGAGAUUGGACAGCACGAGAUACACACACACACACACACACACACACACACACACACACACAC